UAAAGACUUUUAUUUUGGCAGGCGCCGCGGUAGUAUGCGCUUGAGGGCAGGGGAGGAGAGACGAGACAGGGAGCACACGGGAGCAACGGCAAUGUAAUUCAAAUUUCCCGAGACCUCAAUGAGCUGGCAGUUUCCAAAUUGUGAAUCUGACAGAGCCGAGAAGCCCCUCAGUCAUGCUGUGAACGACACGGAGGGCAUGAAACGAACGUCCCAGGUCAGCAGUCCUAGUGGUGAAAUCGAGCGGACGCACUCUGUGGCUGAGAAGGCACUGAAGACAGAAGAAGAGAGGAGGCCUGUUUGCUCUGUUCUUGCAGCACGGAGCAGGUGUCGAGGCUCGGACAUGAGUGGGCAGGUGGACGGGGGGAAGGACCCGGUGCCCGGGGUCCAUGAGAGAGUCACUCUGCUGGUGGAUGGCACACAUUUCGUGGUGGAUCCUGCAGCCUUCACUGCUCAUCCUGAUACCAUGCUGGGCAGGAUGUUUGGUCCGGCCCGGCAGCACAACUUCACCCGGCCCAACGGGAAGGGCGAGUACGAGCUGGCGGAGGGCAUCAGCGCCGGAAUCUUCCGAGUCAUCCUGGAUUUUUACCGGACGGGAGUCCUGCGUUGCCCGGACGGCAUAUCGGUCGCUGAGCUGCGAGAGGCCUGCGAUUACCUCUGCAUCAACUUUGACUACAGCACCGUCAAGUGCAGGGACCUGAGCGCCCUGCUGCACGAGCUCUCCAACGACGGGGCGAGACGGCAGUUCGAGGGCUUCCUGGAGGAGCUGGUGGUGCCGGCCAUGGUGUGCAGCGCCCAGGGCGGGGAGAGGGAGUGUCACAUCGUGGUGCUGACAGACGACGACACCGUGGACUGGGACGAGGAGCACCCCCCGCCCAUGGGAGAGGAGUACUCUCAGAUCCUGUACAGCACCAAGCUCUACCGCUUCUUCAAGUACAUCGAGAACCGAGCCGUAGCCAAGGCUCUCCUGAAGGAGAGGGGUCUGAAGAACAUCCGCAUCGGGAUCGAGGGGUACCCCACCUGCAAGGAGAAGGUGAAGCGGAGGCCGGGCGGGAGGUCGGAGGUCAUCUACAACUACGUGCAGCGUCCGUUCAUCCAGCUGUCCUGGGAGAAGGAGGAGGGGAAGAGCCGGCACGUGGACUUCCAGUGCGUGCGCAGCAAGAGCGUGCCCAACCUGGCCUCCGCCCCCACCACCCCCACCCCGCAGGUGGACGAGCUGGACCGGCUCAACGGGCCCAUGUCCUCGGACCCGCCCAACGACAGCUGAGCCCUCCUCCCCCACAGUCCCAGUUAGAGCUGAGGCCCUGCCCCCCUCUUGUAGUUCUCUCACGAGUCUGGACUACAACUCCCAUGACUCCCGGCAGCAGUGCAUCCGCCUGUCUGAAUGCUUUUCGUUGUCGUGGCGAGAUGGGUCUCUGCCAUGCAGGUGUGACCGAGAGAGUUCCUUUUCUGGGAAAGAGGCGGAGCUGAAGGUUUGUCUGCUGACACAGCUCUGUGACAUUCUGAUUGGAUAAUUCUUUUGGAAGUUUUUUUGUGGGGGUGGUGGUGUAGAUAAUGGCAUCCCCCUCACUGGUGGAGUGUCAAACCGAACAGAGGUGUCACAUCUUAAAAUAUAGCAGAUCUUUAGUGGAGAAUUAACAGGGGGAGUACCAGAUAUGUGGCUGCUCUAAAGGAGUAAGGCUACAGUUUAAAAACCUCUGGAAGAUUGCUCCUGUGUGGAAAAAAAGGUGAAAGGUAGCUUUAACCCAAAUUUCCCUUGACCCUACAAGCAAGGUUAAAAAAAAAAAGAAAAAAAAGUGAGAUUGAUUCUGAGAUGGGAUCCUGUGAACCUUCAGCAUGAAUUAGAUGUCAUGUGACGUGAAUACACGCGGCUGUCGCGAGCUUCUGCCCAACACCGCUGAGAGCCGUUUCCCGCUGUUCCGCAGGGCCGUUCACCCACCAUCCGCUGGCAUGAGGACUGUGCAGCCGACGGCCACAGGGACUCGCGUGCGUGCGUGCGUGUGUGUGUGUGUGUGUGCAUGAGUGUACAGACGUGUUUCAGGGAUGCUGCGUGUUCAUGUGUCCAGACGUGUGCAUGCCGUUUGUGUUUGUUAGCUGCAGGGACGCUAGCUGCUCGUUAGCUCCGGUUUCCAGCUCGUUCAGCUGCCUUGGUGCCGCCGGCCUCUGAUUGGCUAUCUGCUGCACCCUGCUUUUCAAAGCCAAUGUUGUUUUAGUUCAGUCCUGCUGGUUUGCGUUUUAAUACAUGACCAAAUGCAUCUGCCCAACUGUCAGGUUCGUUGUUUGAACCACUUUCUUUAAUCACUUUAAAAAUGUGUGGAUGAAAACUGUGGAGAACAUUUCUAUACAUAUUGUCGAUAUAUUAUUUCUACAAAGGGUAUGUCUACUGUAUGUUACUGAUCUGAAAACAGUGUGAUUUAUAUUUAUUAUAAAAUAAAGGGUUUGUUCAGA